UCUCGUCUCGUCGUCGUCCUCGCGGUCUCGACCGCGAAAUCGAAAUCGCCCAAAACCCUAGCUGCCCAGCACGACUCUCUGCGGCGCGGCUCGAGUGGCGCGCGGCCUCUGCUAGCAAGUGCCGUAGGAGGGGCGGGUCUAGCCCAGCGGGCGGUCGAUGGCGUCGACGGUUCUGGAGGCGACGCGGGCGGCGCACGAGGACCUGGAGAGGCUGGAGCGGCUCGCGGUGCGCGAGCUGCAGCGGGACCCCGCCAACGCGCGCGACCGCCUCUUCCAGUCCCACCGCGUCCGCCACAUGCUUGACCUCGUCGUCUCCACCUCCGACAAGCUCGUGGAAAUCUAUGAGGACAAGGACAAUGCAAGGAAGGAUGAGAUCAACACACAUCUUACUGCACCCACGCAAACUUUACUGUUUAGCAAGUACUAUGAAAGGCUCAAAGAGAUCCGUGAUUAUCAUAGGCGGAACCCUUCAGCCCGUUUCAUCAGUACAACUGAUGAUUACGAAGAGCUUCUGAAGGAGGAACCAGUUAUUGAAUUCACCGGCGAGGAAGCUUUUGGCCGUUAUCUAGAUUUGCAUGAGCUUUAUAAUGAGUUCAUAAAUUCCAAGUUCGGAUCACCAAUGGAAUACUCGGCUUAUGUUGGCAGUUUCUCCCAGAUUGAGAAGAUCCCGCAGAGCCAUAAAACUACAAGACAAUACAGAGAAUACUUGGAACACAUUCUGGAAUAUCUGACGUCAUUUUUGUAUCGAAUAGAACCAUUGCAGGAUAUUGAGAAGAUUUUUUCUAAGUUGGAAAGUGAAUUUGAGGAACGAUGGAUGAACGAAGAAGUACCUGGUUGGGGAAAUAAAAGCACAGAAAAAGAGUCUGAGGCAGAAGAUCCUGAAAUAGACCUUGAUUAUUACAGCACAGUGGAAGAACUUGUUGAGCUUGGUCCAGAAAAGUUGAAACAGGCUUUAGCUGCUCGUGGUUUGAAGAGCGGUGGUACUGUCCAACAGCGUGCGGAGCGGCUUUUCUUGUUGAAGCAUACACCUUUGGAACAGCUGGACCGGAAGCAUUUUGCCAAAGUUCCACGUACUAAAGAUGUCUCAAACACAGCUUCCGAUGGCAACAAUGUCAAGGAUGAUUUGAAGAAGGAAAUCGCACUGAUGGAAGUAAAGAUGAGGCGCCUUUGUGAGCUCCUAGAUGAGGUUUUUGUGCGGACAAAGGAAAAUGCUGAGAAGAAACUCACUUUGACAUAUGAAGAGAUGGAAGCAGAACGGGAAGAGGAGGAGGUACAGGCUGACACUGAGAGUGAUGAUGAAGAGCAACAAAUCUACAACCCUCUCAAAUUGCCGAUGGGUUGGGAUGGCAAGCCUAUCCCCUAUUGGUUAUACAAGCUACAUGGCCUUGGGCAGGAAUUUAAGUGUGAGAUAUGUGGAAACCACAGUUAUUGGGGACGAAGGGCCUAUGAGCGUCAUUUCAAAGAAUGGCGUCAUCAGCAUGGGAUGCGAUGCCUUGGUAUCCCUAAUACUAAGAAUUUCAAUGAAAUCACAUCGAUCCAGGAGGCAAAAGGGCUCUGGGAAAAAAUACAAGCGCGUCAAGGGCUGAACAAGUGGCGGCCAGACCUGGAAGAAGAGUACGAAGAUCAAGAGGGCAACAUCUACAACAAGAAGACCUACACUGACCUGCAGCGGCAAGGCCUGAUCUAGAAUUCUAGUUCAAGGGGCCCCUGCUACUCAAAUGUUCUGGCUUUGUUUGGAACAACUUUUACCAGGAUAGUUGCUGUGUCUUCGGAUGCAUUAGGCUAUUAGCCGUUUGGCAUACACUUCAUGGAGUAAGAUGGUACGACGGGGCAUGUGUGCUUUUCCUGGUUGACAUGGUAGUUCGUACAACACCCCCUUGUCUUGAGCAGUUCUUAUGAUAAUGUAUCCAAUAUUGUGUCGUGGAUUAAAUUACGGUUACGUCUCUUA